AUGCAGGGAACUGAAAUGCAGCUUGGGAUGGCUGUUGAAAGCCAAAAAGCUACUUUGUCUGUAAAGAGGAGGUUGGCAUGUGAGCGAGUUAUUUUGCUCAGGCAUUCUGAUGUCAAUCUGGUCGAGUUGGGAAAGGAAACAGUGAAUGAAGAUGAUAGAGUUGUCUUGUUGGAGGGUGGUGUCAAACCUGAUUCUCCUAAAGUUCACAACCCAUCUGUUGCAUCACAGCUUGUAGAGGUUUCUGAACUAAAUGCGGAAGUGAGCCGACUUCAGAAUCAGUUGAAUGAGUUAAAGAAAGUUUUGAGUGAUGCGGGUCGAAACAUCGACUUGGGUGGCAAAUUUAGCAAAUCCACCAAGAAGAGUCAUGUUGAUGAUCCCAUUGAUAGUGAGCGAAGAGAGAAAGUAAAAGAAGCUAUGCUUCACGCAUUGACCUCUUACGAGAAGUAUGCCUGGGGUCAAGAUGAACUUCAACCACAGACGAAGGAUGGUGUUAAUAGCUUUAGUGGUCUGGGAGCAACCUUAUUGGAUUCUCUUGAUACAUUGUACGUUACGGGUCUACACCAGCAGUUCCAAAAAGCCAGAGAGUGGGUUGCAAAUUCAUUGGAUUUCAACAAGGAUUAUGAGGCUGGCGUUUUUGAGACAACCAUAAGAGUUGUUGGUGGGCUUCUAAGUGCAUAUGAUCUCUCGGGGGACAGAGUAUUUCUUGAAAAGGCUAAAGAUAUUGCAGAUAGGUUGCUACCUGCAUGGGAUACAGCUUCCAGGAUUCCUUACAACAGAAUUAACUUGGCUCACAGGAAUCCAUGGAAUCAGGGAUGGACAGGGGUAUUUGAACUUCUUCCCUCCACUUGCAUGUAUUUUUUUCCUUGUUGUGGAACCUCACUGAGAGGCCUAGGCACUUGA